UGUCAUUAGGCAUGAUUAUUGCGACCUUUGUCUGCCUUUCCAGAUGCAAAAAAGAAGUGGUGGAAUAAUAUCCCCAAUCCAGCAAAAAGCAAGCUUGCCCAGAGCAGUCUACUACAGAAACAAUCUUUCAAUCCAGAUGGAAAAUCUGCAAAAAAAGUAUCUUGUGCAAGUUUUAUUAGCAGAAUCGUCAAAGCUCACAAGUCCAGAUGUGACAUGCUCACCCAGCAGCAAAAUGCCGAAGGCUAUGUCAAUAUCUGUGGAGGUCAGUACUAUAAAAAAGUUUUUUUUGAACCUGAGGAUGAAGAUAUUGAGAGAUGUGAAAUGUUCCUCAUAAAGAAAAAUGAAAACCCAGCUCAAAAAGACAAAAUGGAACUUAAGGUCGAAGAUCACCUGUUGGAACUUGGAGACCUGUCUAUUGCUAGGAUGUUUUUUGAUAUACUUUGUGAUUCAUCAGGCAUAAACGUAGACACAUUUGAAUCCUUUAACACAGGGAACUCACUUGGUUGUUCAGGCUGGAUGGACAGUUUUGGCAAAAAGGAAAUACAUAGGUGCAAUUCAGAUAUCUCAGCAUAUCAGGAAUCAGGAUAUAACAGUUAUGGCUUACAUGAUUCUCCAAUUGAUUUUUUAGACAUAGAUAGGCUCAAUACCUCAUACUUUUGCCAACUGUCUGACAUUGAAGGAGACUGUAUUCCUAAAUCUCCACCAAGUAGUGUCAAGGAUAACUGUUUAUAUCAGAAAGAAGAAGAGCAUUCAGAAAGUCCU